ACCACCCUAACCUGCUCACUCACACAGUAUCACUCCUCGAAGGGCCAAGCCUCCAAGUUCGCCUCGCCCCCACGGCCCCACCCCGACGCACCCGGCGGCCGGCGUGUACUCCGGCGAUCCCCUGCGCCACCCCCGAUGCCUCCUCCUCCGCCACGCCGGCACAUCGCCGGAGACCCUACCGCCGCGCCCACCACCUCCGACUCCGGCUUGGUUAAACUCCUCGCCGACAUCCUCCACCACACCGCGCCAUCCACUUGGCCGUCCGCCCUCGCCGCGCCGCUGCUCCGCAGCCGCCUCGCGCCCGUGCACGUCUCCUCCCUCCUCCUCCUCCCCGCCUCUCUCCGCCGCCCUGACCUCUCCCGCCGCUUCCUCCUUCUCCUGCCUCCCCAACUUGUCUCCCCGGUUUCCUUAUCCCUCCUCGCCCUCUCCUUCUCCUCCUCGCCCGCCCCCUCGUCGUCGGCGUCCUCCCUGCACGCCGCCUCACUCCUCCUCUCCCUCGCGUCCUCCACUCCGUCCGCGUCCUCCUCAUUUUCGUCACUCUCACAUGCUAACUCCCUGGCCACCUUCCCACCUGGCGCCGCCACCUCCGCCGCCACGCUUCUUGCCUCCUCGUACCUCCAGCUCCGCCGCGCCCGCGACGCCGCCGCCGUCCUUCGGCUGUCCCUCUCGUCCGGCAUCACCAUGAAGCAGUAUACCGCUUCGCAGAUAUUGUUCUCUCUUGUCAAGAUUCGGCAGUUUGCUCUUGCCCGUGAGUUGUUCGAUGAAAUGCUUGGAUCAGGUGUUGGAGUGGAUGAGUAUGUUUACACAGCUGGAAUUCGGGCUUAUUGCGAGAUGAGAGAUUUGGAUGGUGCAAGGGGGCUGGUGGCGAGGAUGGAAGGCAAGGGCGUCAAGGACAGUGCUGUGCCGUACAAUGUAUUAAUGUAUGGCCUCUGCAAGAAUAAUCGUGUUCAUGAGGCAUUGGAGGUGAAGAACAGCAUGGUGUAUAGAGGAGUUACGGCUGAUGGAGUGACAUACCGGACUCUAGUGUAUGGAUUUUGUCAGAUUGAGGAACUUGAAAUGGCAUUGGAAAUGACGGAUGACAUGCUUAGGCUGGGGUUCGUGCCAUCAGAGGCCAGUUGCUCGUUUAUGCUUGAUGGGCUACGGAAGAGAGGGCUUGUCGAGGAGGCUUUCAGGUUAGCUUGUGAGUUGGGUGAGUUGGGCAUGGUGCCAAACCUGUUUGCGUGUAAUGCGUUGAUUGAUAAACUUUGUAAGGACGGAAGAUUUGGUGAGGCAGAAAGGCUUUUCGCAGGGAUGACGAACAGGGGUCUAGAACCAAAUGAGGUGACUUAUGCUAUACUGAUACAUUCCCUGUGCAAGAGGGGAAUGUUGGAUGACGCACUUUGCAUGCUUGAUAGGAUGAGGGAGAAGGGAGUCAGAGUGACAGUUUAUCCAUACAACUCUUUAAUUAAUGGUUAUUGCCAACAGGAUGAUGUUGACCGAGCAAGGGGCUUUCUGAGCGAGAUGGUUGAGAAGGGAUUGACACCAAGUGCAGCAUCAUACUCUCCCCUCAUAGCUGGUUUAUGUCGGCAAGGGGAUCUGUCCAGUGCUAUAGAACUCCACAGGGAGAUGACCAGGAAUGAUGUUGCGGGGAAUGUUUAUACGUUUACAGCGCUUAUCAAUGGUUUCUGCAAGGAUAGAAAUAUGGACGAAGCUGCUAGGUUGUUUGAUAAGAUGAUGGACAGCUCCCUAUUACCAAACGAAGUAACUUUUAAUGUCAUGAUAGAAGGGUAUUGCCGGGUAGGCAAUGUUAGGAAGGCAUUCCAGUUACAUGAUCAAAUGGUGGAUAGGGACCUAUCACCUGAUAAUUACACUUACAGGUCACUGAUAAGUGUACUUUGCUUGACGAUUGGUGCGUUGAAAGCAAAAGAAUUUGUUGAUGAUCUAGAAAAUAACUGUGUUGUGCUAAAUAACUUCAGCCUAACAGCACUUUUGCAUGGAUUCUGCAAAGAAGGAAGGUUAACUGAAGCAUACCAUAUUUGGAAUGAGAUGGCAAUGAGGGGAGUCAAGCUUGAUAUUAUCAGUUUUACUAUAAUGUUAUACACAGUUCUGAAACAGCAGGAUGAGGAAAAAGUAUGCAUGUUGUUUAGGGAGAUGAAAGAAAAAGGUGUGAGGCCAGACAAUGUGUUCCAUACAUGCAUGAUUGAUGUGCACUCAAAGGAAGCAAAUAUGGUUCAAGCUUUAAACUGCUGGGAUAAGAUGAUAGCUGAUGGCUGCUCUCCAAGUGCUGUCACAUAUACGGCUCUAAUAAAUAAUCUCUGCAAGUCUGGGUAUUUGAGUAGUGCAGAGAUCCUUUGUAAAGAAAUGUUAGCUGGACGCUAUCUUCCUAAUAGCUUUACUUAUAAUUGCUUUCUUGAUUAUCUGGCAACUGAAGGAGACCUGGAACAGGCUAAAGUUCUACAUUCAGCCAUGCUUGAAGGCUGUCUAGCUAACAUAGUGACGUUUAACACAUUGAUCAAAGGGUUCUGUAAGGUUGGGCAGAUCCAAGAGGCAAUUGACCUUAUGCGCAAGAUUACUGAAAGCGGUUUCUUUCCUGAUUGCAUAAGCUAUUCUACAAUAAUAAACGAGCUAUGUAAGACCGGCGAUACAAAUAAAGCGUUUGAGCUUUGGAAUGAAAUGUUAUUCAAGGGAUUGAAGCCUGAUAUUGUAGCAUACAAUAUUUUGAUUCGCUGGUGCAACAUUCAUGGUGAAUUUAAUAAGGGUUUAGGAAUAUACAAUGAUAUGGUUAAAAAUGGGCUGCAACCAAACUUGGACACAUAUAGAGCUCUUUUCGGAGGAGCUUCUCCGAUGAUCAGGAUGUUAGGUCAAUGAUUUAGAUGACAAGAUCAAUCAGUUCCUGAACUGUUGCUUCAUUCAAGUGCCAUAAUAUAGAAGCACUGCUUAACUUUUUCUGUAUUUGAGCUAAUGGAUUCCAGUCUUUUGAGUGAUAUGGUGUGCUUAAGGCCCUGAGCAUAUCAGUGGGGGGAAAAUCCUGGUGCUUGGAAUCUUGGUUGUGAUUGCUGAAGUUGAUCACGGAUUUUUGAUGCUUCGACAUGAUACUGCCAUGGGAUAACGUAUCCCAGGAUAUGCUGUUGCUCAUCUAAACUCAGUUGCAUAACCAUCGUCUCAAUAUCUGCAUGGACUACGCUGUUCGUUGAAUGGUACAUCUUGGUCCAUGCAACACUGACCAUGCCAAUUUGUACACAUCUUUACGGUCACAUGUACAGUUGCUGAACUUCCAGGUUCCCACUGUAUUUGUUUCUUCACUAGGAAUGCAAGCUUUCUUGCUUCUUGCAAGUCUCAACUCGCAACAACACAGUUUUAGGAAUUCUGCUCGAAGUGAUAAAUGGACAGAUUCCUUUACUAUGGUUUUGUGCCCAUCUGUCCAAGGCGGACGCUCUGGUAGUCUUUGUCAUCAUCUGGUGAAAUUUGCUUGACGAAUGGCUCAUAUAGAUGUCAGUUUACAAAAAUUAUACCAGCUGUUAGUUUGUUGUACAACAAAUUCAUUAUUUGUACAGAUUAUUUUUGUUACAGGUAGAAGCAACCUGACCAUUCCGUAAUAUGUACUGUAAAUGCUUUAGCCUCAGCCAUGAAAUAAACAACUGCUAGUAUAUCAACAGUACAAUUAAUUUUCUCUGGGAA